ACGAAAAGGCAAGGUGUGUCAGUUGGGAUAACGAGGAUUGCCGAAUAUAUACGAAAGAUUCUUUUUUUUUUUUUCUAACUCGACGACUUCGCUGCUAAAAAAAAUCGCACUGAGUUCUGUAAAUAAUGCAGCCACUUAAAGACGUUUUCUUCGUUAUUCUCAUUCAGCGGGUUGUAUACUUCGCGGCUUUUGCAGCCGAUGAAGAAUCACUUUCUCGUUCAGCAUACUUCACAACGCAUGAAAAUAAACGACUUCAAGGCCACGUUGUAAAGCGCUUUGAGUCUCCCAGUUUGAUGUCGUGCAGCCAGUUGUGUUUGAGAAACAGUUGGUGUACGUCCACAAACUUCAUGAUGUCUUCCAAGAAGGACGACAAAGGAACUUGUGAACUUAACAAGCACGAUAUCAAUGAAGACAUCAAAUUCCAUGAUCAGGAGGACGUAACUUUCUCGCUGCUUUUAAAGGGUUGUCUCAUGACCGGAUGCCUCAAUGGUGGUUCUUGUUUGUCUGAUGACAAGAAACAAACAUUUUCAUGUUUGUGCACAGAGCCUUGGACUGGCAAGAAAUGUGACGCUAUAAAAAGUGGGUUAACACAUUCGACUAUAAUAGGUGGGGAUAUCUCUUACCAAAGCCACCUUUAUCAGUUCCUGACCCCUGCUUUUGGAUUGAACCCUCACUGGGUACUGUGUUACCGCGCCUCCACUUACGGCUGGGCUGCCAGUACCUUUCACAGCAGGUGUGAUGGGAAACGUAACACGGUUACCAUCAUCAAAAAUGGAGUGUACGUGUUUGGAGGAUACGCUGACAUUCCCUGGGAUACUACAAGUUCCUUUGGUUCCACUUCCAAUGCGUUUAUAUUUUCCCUCCGCAAUAAAGAAGGUCUUGGACCAUUUAAGAGCAUGGUAACGAAACCAUCAUAUGCAAUCGUCAAAAUGCCAAAUUUUGGUCCAACAUUUGGUGAUGGGUAUGACAUCCUCAUUGUUGACAACGCCAACAGUAACAUUAAGUCAUACACAGACUUUGGCAACUCUUACUCUGUUCCAAGUGGAGUACAAGACAACAAAACGAUCCUGGCUGGGACUAUGCACUUCACACCUGAUGAGAUGGAGGUGUUUUAUCUUGGUUGAUUUGCCCUAACAUCCCUUCAUUCACGUUCUCAAAUCGUUUAUAACACAACAAAAACAAGCUGAAUUAUUAAAACGAAUUGUAUUAAGGUAUUUUAAUGUACAAAUACGCCUUUAUUAUUUUCUUCUUUUUUUGACCUCACUACUGAGCUCGACUUAACCUUGUCAUAAUUUAUUUGGUCUUUCCUUUGUUCACCCUUACAAGUACCUAUCCGCAUAUGAUUAAUUGUGAUCUAAGAUUUUUUUUUUCGCUGUUUUUGUUGUUGGGGAAUGAUCAUU